UGCGCCAAGUACUGCCCGGAAAUAAACGGAUGUAAAACAGCUUCUUUUAACGGUUUAAAUGUUUUAAUGUUAAAUCUAGCAUUCAAUAUUUAAUUAGAAUAACGGAGGAACUUUAAGCGGUGUGUCUGCCGACCAGAAAUGCCUGUGACGGUGCGACAGGUGUCCGUUUCCUCAGAACCUGAAACCUCCUAUUUUCUGCGACUGGCGUGGAAUGGGCGUGACUUAGGCUCAGGCUUCCAGGCGAUGCUGACUGAUGGACAGUCUGCCUGGGAUGGCGAAGUGGGGGAGGAUGCUGUGAGUAAAGAGGCUGCAGAGCUGGAGAUGAAGAAGGAGAGAUAUAUUCAGGACCUCCAUCAGGUUCUGACAGGAGAAGGAAGUUUAGAUCCUGGAUACAGUUUUACUCUGACGCCCUGCCACGGCCCCAGCUCCAGCAGAACCCUGGCCUACGAGAAAGUGGAGAGUGACAUAUGGAUCCAGCUGGGCUCCGUGUCACUGAGGGCUCACCCAGAGCCGCUGGUGGAGGUCCGAGCCUUACUGGCUCACUUUCUACAACAGACAGCUGCUCUGGAGAACCACAACCAGCGACUGAAAGAGGAGAACCAUCGAUUCAGACAGGAGCAGCAACACAUCACUACUGAGAUGAAGCGCUACGUGGCAGAGAAGGUGUCCCUGGAGGGCGAGCUGUACACUCGCUUUGUCCUGGUGCUCAACGAGAAGAAGGCCAAGAUCCGGAGCCUGCAGGAGAGGAUCGCCGCCCUGCAGGAGAACAGCAGCCCAGCCCAGAGACGGACGUCAGGGCGCCCCUCAGAGGAAGAGGAGGACUACGGCGGCAGCACCGACGAAGACCCGGAGGAGAGCCCGGCGGCAGGCCCCGCCCCUACGACCAGCGCAGCUAACACCGAGGUGCGAAGCCGCAGCCCAUUGGCCGAUAGUCCCAGCGACCUCACGGACAUUGCCCCCUGUCGUAAACGCCGCUUCCGCCACCAACGGCCGCCCGAUGUCGUUGCCAAGAAACCGACCCCGGAGGUGAUUCCCACACAGAGUAGGGACUCCCCAGUGACGAGCAGAAGGACAGCCAAUAAGCAGCAGGCACCCCAGUGUUCCUCAGAUGCUACGGCAACCAGUCGUGACACAGAAGACCUGUUUGAAGACUUUUGAGAACAUGUACAGAAGUGACAUUUUGAUACUUUAGGCUGAGCUGCAGGGUUCACGGGUGUUAUUUGAACACGUGACUCAACAUACAAUAUCAAAACUCUGAAGUGGUAUGAUCAGUGAUCAGGAAAUGUAUUUGUUGGGUUGUGAGUGGCUAUGUCCAAGGGAUGAUACAAUUAAGUUAACACGUUUUACAUGAAAUUUGUGAUUGUGUUUCUUCAAUAAACAUUGCAAUUAUAUACAUUA